AUGCUUCCAACGGCACUCGCAACAUCCAUCGAAUCUUCCCUUCCUGUGGCUACAGAAACUGCGAAAAGAAAAUUGGAUUUUCCUUUACCUUCACCACCAACAACUCUUCCUCAUGAAUUGGUCGCCAAACUCAUACAACGUGGUGAUAAGAAGAGUGUUAGAAUGCCCAACGAAUUUUUUAUUUACCGUACUGCAAUAGUGAAAGAAUUAAAAUUGCGUGGCGAGAGGAUUAAAAUGACAGAAAAGAAUCCAACCAUUGAAUUUAUUUUUUCUUCACUGGUUCCUUCGUCGGUUCCCACUCAAAAUCAGAAUCAGACACCUACUAUUGCUUUUAUAAAUGAACUCGUGAAAAGUCAAAAUUAUCAGCCAUCAAAUACCAACCCUUCUAUUUCAAUUCCACCGUAUAAUAUUUUACAGGAACACCAUGAACCACAAUUCGCUUCAAAUCUCAAUCAAUUUUCAUCCCCUCGAAGUUUUAUGACAGCUUCAGCUACACAACCUAUUAACCAAUCGCAAGACGUAGUACAAGCAUACACAGAUAUGCUUCACGAUUUUUAUCAAUAUCAACUGCAGCAACAAUAUUUUCAAAACAUAGUAUCCAAUGAAACUUUUAGUAAUACACUUCCCUUAGCUUCUUCUAAUGAAUCGGAUAAUCCCGCUAUCAUUGAAAAUGGCAGCGAUCUUCGUUACAUUUUAUUUGAAUAA